GGGAAUUCCUACAGUAUGUUAGUUUUUGUUUCAAGUAGUUAUAGUUAGCUUGCACAUUGCUAGAAGUUUUUCAACUAAACCCAUUUAGUUGCACGUAAAACAAUUAUUUUACUUCAAACGCGGCAGUUCUAACUCAAGUGAUAAACAAAAUGUUUUGUCAAGUGUGUGGCACAGUUGAUGAACAUUAUGAUGAAAAUGCGCUUGUUCAUCACAAUGAUACACCCAAACAUUUAUGCAAUUUAAUACUACUAAACUAUAAAAAUAAUAAACGGUAUUUCAGCAAGAAUCGAGAUGGGGUAAUCAUUUUAUGUAGUGCUGAAUAUAUGUCAGAAACAACUACUGGCUUAACAAUACAAAACAGUGAUAACCACAAAAUCAGAGUUUAUGUUAGGCCCAAUGAACAAGUAAAAUUUUCAUUCAGUAUUAAAAAUGAUAUGAAGAAUGAAGAUUUACUGGUGAUAGGUGUACAACUAGCUCACCCGCAAUCCCAAUUUGUAAUGUCCAAACACCCCUAUAUUUUUGGAAAAGAUCCUAAUAUUUUGAUGAAAAAAUCGUCAAUAGACGAAGAUAUUAGUGUCCAUUUUCAAGCAAUGGAUAUUGGGCAGUAUGAGAUGCCUAUAAUGUUUACUUUUCAUAGAAGAAGUGAUGAGAAGAACAUAAUAUUUAUACGUGAAAUGGUAGUCUUGGUUCAAGAGGAGUUUUUAUUAUUAGGAAGUAAUAAAAGUCCUUACACUUCUUCAAAUUGGGAGAAAGCUGAGCAUUUCAUUGAGUCAACUACUCAUGUGCCUUAUCAACUUAAAUACAAAAUUCCAAAAUUAUUGAAAAUUUUACUUCCCCGUGGGCUCGAGGAGAAGGCAUUGGAGGGCUUGAAAGAGAGUCCUGAAACUCUACAGAAAUUGAGAAAACUAUUAAUAUCUACCAGAGCAAUAUUUGAUGAAGGACCAACAAAAAACAACUAUAUGAUUUACUUUCAUUAUUUGCUGUGGUGGGAGGAAAUUAUUUCCAGGAUUAAUUUAAGGAAAUUUAAUAUGGCAGGCGUUCAAAUUGAACUUAGAGGUGACGUUUUUGUUCUGGAAGUACCCGGAUUGGCUGAGAAACGGCCAUCGCUAUUAAGAGGCGAUCGCGUUUUCCUUCGUCCACAAACGGCUUCGAAUGUGAUAUUUGAAAGUGUUAUCAAGGAUAUUGAUGAUUGUCAUAUUCACUUAUCUAAUUUUGAUCAAUCGUUCGCGGCGCAGCACGUGGAGGGCGCGGCGUACGACGUGCGCUUCCUGCUGUCGCGCGUGCCGGUGGAGCGCCUGCACGACGCCGUGUCGGCGCUGUUCAGCUCCAAGCACGAGUGCCGCGUGUUCCCCGAGCCCGCGCGCCGCCCGCCGCCGCGCAAACACUUCGCCGAGUUUUAUAACCCACUAAUAUCUGGCAAUGAGGAACAAAAGUCGGCGGUCGAACACAUCGUGGCCGGCACUUCGGGCAAGGCGCCUUACAUCGUGUUCGGGCCGCCGGGAACCGGGAAAACGAUAACCAUUGUCGAGGCUAUCGUCCAGUUGGUAGUGCGCAAUCCGAAAAACCGCAUUAUGGUGUGCACUGACUCCAACAUGGCGGCGGACCACAUCGCUCUGAUGUUACUGAAGUACAACAAAAAGCUAAACAUCACCAAUUUCCUGAUUAGAGCCAACUCGCAGUCUAGAGAAUGGAGCGUGAUGCCGCCGGCGCUGGCGUGCGUGUCCAACGGCACGAGCUACGAGAACUUCUACUCCGUCAGCAACGUGCACGUGGCCAGCUACAGGAUCUUCGUCACCACGCUGCUGCACGCCGCCAAAUACGGAUCGACGAGGAGCCAAGCGGCGUACAAGUUGCAAAUGACGCACCUGUUCAUCGACGAGGCGGCGCAGGCGUCGGAGCCCGCCACGCUGGUGCCCGUGACGGGGCUGCUGGCGCCCAGCGGCCGCCUCGUGCUGGCUGGCGACCCGCUGCAGCUCGGCCCCGUCUGCAUCUCCAAGGAGGCGAGCGAGAGGGGGCUGGGCCAGUCGCUACUAGCGCGGUUGAAGCAGACAUACGAAAACCUGUACACAGAUCCGAACUACAUAACAAUGCUUGUCAAAAACUUCCGAUCUCAUCCGGACAUUUUGGCGAUACCAAACGAAUUGUUCUACGACAAUUGUUUGAAACCCCUAGCGACCUUGGACUCACUCAGCCACGAGAACAUCCUGGGCCUGGAGGGCGGGCAGUGCGCAGUAGUGUUCCACGCCGUCAACUCGCGCGAGCAGCGCAUGGGGAACGCGCCCAGUUAUUUCAACGAGAAAGAACUUGAAAUGCUGAAGAGAUAUACAAAGGCAUUAAUUGAUAAACACCAAGUGUCUCCUAAAGAUAUUGGCAUCAUCGCUCCGUACAUUAGACAGGUGUACAAGAUGAAAGGCUGGUUGACCAGUGAGAACUAUAAAGAAAUUGAAGUCGGUACGGUGGAGUCGUUUCAAGGGAAGGAGAAAAGAGUUAUUCUCGUGUCAACAGUGAGGGCUAAUUGUAGACUUCUGGACUAUGAUGCGAAAUACGGUCUCGGAUUUUUAGUAGACGAUAAGCGGUACAACGUAACAUUGACACGAGCCAAAGCCAAGCUUAUCAUAAUUGGCAACCCAACGUGCCUGACACGCGACAUAAAAUGGCGUAAAUAUAUGGAUUACUGUCAAAAGAGAAACUGUUAUUACGGACAAGAAAACCAGCAGAUGGAAAGAAGCUCCACUCUACUCACAGAAAUAGCUCGGACGCGAUUCGAUAAAUGCAGACUGACUGAUUUCCUAAAACCGAAAACUGAAACUGCUACAAAGAAAAAUAAAAAGUAGUUGCCAUUUGUUAUUUAUACUUUAAAAGUAUACAUAGUAUACAGAGAAAACAUUUUACCAAUAGUCUUAUUUCUAUGAAUGGUUAAUUAUAAUAUUUUUCACAAGAAAUUAUUAUAUUUCUUUCAUGAUUAUCGUAUAAGUAUUAAAAUAAAUAGGUAUAUUAUACUGUUUUUAUGGUACAAUUUUUGCAUGUAUGGAUAAAUAUUAGCUCAGUCUUUUGAGUGUGUAAGUUUCAUUUUCUCUCUUUUAUAUUCUUCUUUAUGUUUAUGCAAUCCCUUCAAUCUUAAUUGCUUUAUCUUAAUUCUUUCCUUAAUUGCUUCCUUCUUUUCUGUCCGAUAACAAAAAAAAAGAUAUUUCUAACUUUAAUCUAUUUUUCGACACAUAUUUAAAACUAAUCAUAUAAAAAUGGUAACUGUAAGUUAUAAUUUUAUUAUUCGUUAUUAAACAAAUCUAUUCCAAAUUUUAGGCUAUAUGACAAAAGUACAUUGAUGUAGAAAUGAUACAAUCUAUAUUAAAUGUACUGGAAGUUUAUAUUCCUGUGAUAUUAAAAUAAUUUUUAUAUUUAGAAAGAGGUAAGGUUGAGCAACUUUUUGACAAAUAUGAUUUAUACAGUGCCAUUUGAAAUUAAUUUUGAUUAUGAAUCAAACAUAAUUUUAUAAUGUUUAUUUUGGUAUCAUUAAGUACAAUAUAAAUAAAAUCAAUACUUGUUAUAAAUAAGUCAAAGAUAAAUUUAUAAAUAUAUAAUUGGUUUAUUCUUGUUUCAUAAGAUUCCUUUAAAAAGCUAUUUGUUUUUAUAAGAUGAAUAAAGCUUUUGUAAAACUUAAAUCUUUUAAUUUAAAGGAUUGCUCUGCUAAACAUCAAGGGUCAUUGAAUAUUAAUAUGUUACAUUGUUAUGGUGCUCAGUUUUGAUGGAAAUGUAUAUGUUAUAAAUUAAUUUUAAUAUUUGUUUAAAUAUUGGGGAGAUUAAAUUAAUGAAACAAGCUUUUUAAUAAAGUAUUCUAUCUGCACACCCUUCAAUAUGUAAGCAUUUUUAAAAAAUAAUAAACAAUUUUUAUAAUGAAAGAUUUUGUUUUUAUACAUUUAUUUUUUUUGGAUUUACAUUUUUUCAGGAAUAAAUUGGACAUUUAAGGGGACAAAUUUCAGUUUAAUAUUUAAAUUCUAAGUUGUAGUUGUUUUAACUAUAAAAAGAUAAAGUAAAUGUAUUAUAACAAAGUUACCAUAUGUAUGGUUUAUGUUAGUAAGUGAAUUAGUCACAUAGAAUUGACUGUGAAUCGAAAACUAAAUAUAACCUUUAUUUCUUCAAUACUGCAAUAAAGCUAGUAGAAACACUGUCUAUGCUAUAUGCCUAAUUUUGAUGAGAUAAUUUUAAGAAAACCAAAUGUUUAAUUUCGUUUUUAAAUCCGUAUUUUACCUUACAUAUUAUAUGAUAAAAAA